UACACACUGAGAAGCUAUAUUGUCAGAUGAAGAUGAUGAUGAAGAUGAUGAAGACAAUGUCACAGUGCCUUCUGUUGCUUGGCCUUGCUGUUACCUACACUGCUGCUGGACCAGGCAGCUGUGUGGGUCGCUGUGGUGAGAGUUUCAUCAGAGGUCAGCAGUGUAACUGUGACUUCAGCUGCCUGCAACAUAACGAGUGCUGCCCAGACUAUCAGGCCAUUUGCACCUCAGUUCAGUCCUGUCAGGGACGCUGUGGUGAGACCUUCAAGCGUGGUAAGGUGUGUGAGUGCGAUGCACAGUGCAUCAACUACAACACCUGUUGUAAUGACUACAAGCUACAGUGCGAUGUUCCACAGCCCAGGACUUAUCAGUCUGUGAGGGCCCCAGCUUCAGGAAGUCGUAAAUUAGAGAGGAGCAGGAAAAGGUUGAACAGUGAUAGCGAGGAAUGGUACACAGGAAGGCACCGCUGUGCACAGUACCCUGGAGCUCAGUGUGUCCUCACUCCAGUGCCAGUACCAGCCAAGCAACUCCAACAUGGUGUGCCAUCUCUGAGCAACAGAGCUGCUGGAGGAAAUGUUAACGUCCAUGUGGUGCUGUCACCUGGAGGAGUGGCUCCAUCUGGACCAAGUCAAGGCGAGCUGUGCUGGUCAGUGGACCCUGUCACUCGCUCGGUUGGUCAUCCACGGAGUAUCACAGACACUCUGGGUAUCUCUGCUCCCAUUGAUACUGUCUUCACACGUGCCAACUGCCAAGGAAACACCUACAUCAUCAAGGGAGACCAGUGCUGGCUUCUAGAUGCGAACAUGGUGAUGGAGCCGGGCUACCCCAAACCUGUGGCCUCUGAAUUCCCUGGUUUGAGGGGAAGCAUCCGUGCUGCACUGGCAGUACCAGCCACCAGGAGCAGACCAGAGACUGUGUACUUCUUUAAGAAAGGAGACGUCAUGCAGAGGUUCUCCUUCCCAUCAAGCAGCAUUCCAGACUGCAGCAAUACACCAAGAGGAUCGUAUCAGAGACGCUUCGAUCACCCAACAGAAGUUCUUCUGAGUGGCGAGAUCAAGCUCAAAGUGUCCCUGAAGGAAUUGCCAGCCCCGGUCACCUCUGCCAUGUCCACGCUCAGCCCUGGGUGGACUGACCGAUACGAACACUACGUCUUCUCUGGACCUCUCUUCUUCAGCGUCCAGGUUUCAGGCACCCUGCCGGCACUGACCAAACCUGAGCCGACUGCAGUCUUCUCACCCAUCGUCAGCCCCCCGGUGGCAGCUCCUUACCCAGCCCCUCCCCCCAACUCCAUCAGAGUUUGGCUGCACUGUCCAUAG